GGGGGGGGAUGGAGAGUCAGUGGGACCCGGAUGCUGAUGUUGCUCGAAUCGGAUGAGAAGGAAGAGAAGAGGGAGAGAGAAAAGAACGGUUUACGGAAAGAUAAAGACGUCUCAUUCUCAAGGAUCUCAAGACAAGAAAAAAAUAUAAUUUGUUUUAACGAAAUAUCAAGAACAGCGCAUUUUGCCUGAAGGAACCCGCAGAAUCAUGAAACCAGGACCGGCGAACGUGGAGACGGGGAGAGGGAGCGAGAUGAUGCUGUGAUAUGCGCGCAGACAGCGAGGGAGGGAGGGAGCGAGCGAGCACGAGAGGGAGGGGGAGUUGUACUACGCUAGAUAAAGAUGCUUGUUAUCGUAGAAACGCGUAUUAUUUCACAAAACCACUUAAAAUAGGCCUGCGCGAAGAUACCGAUUGUUUUAUUCAAAAACACAACUUUUAAAAAAGUGGGUAGAUUAAAACACUGACUGAUACUGUGAGUGAACCGUGAUAACCCAAAAGAAUACGGAGAGGGAUGUUGUUUUGUUAGGAAAAUCUGUUUCACGGUUUCAGACCUAUACUAAUAUAGUAUAGUGAGCAUCGUGUGGAUGAUGUUUAAUGCACGUGUAUUUUAAAAUUAUUUUAUAUUAGCUGUGGACGAAAAUAAAGGCCAGGUAGCCAGAGAGAGAUAGGCUAGCCUGCUUGGAAGAAACGAGGUGGAGGGACGGUGGAAUAUAACCCGAUAAAUAACGUUUUCACGUGUUGUUAUUGCCUGAUAUGAAAUAAUAUCGCCCUGCAACAAUAUCUUUAAUUCUAAAAAACGGACGAGUGUACAAGCAGCCAGUCGUGCCUGUAGGAUAUGAUUAAUAAGCAGUUCAAGAUUAGAAUAGCGCAUUGCUGUUCUUAUGAAUAACCGUAAUUAGUCCUGUUUGUCGCUACUUUAAUCGCGGUGAUAUUUCAUAGUUGUAUUGUGUGCAUCAUCAUUUUGUUUAAUUCCAUAAACGCGUGUCCCUCCCAUUCCACCGCUCUCCGUUCCCUUUCCCCAUCCCUCCUUCCUGUUGUCAUCAGCCGUUUAAUAAUUUUAUACCAAAAUAAAUAUUUUAUUUACAGUUUCUGGAGGUCGGACAUUGUAUCGCUAUAGUAGGCUAAUUCGGCCAAUCCGAACAAGUACGGUACAGAUGUUAAACGGAAUAAAUAUAAUACGUUAACCAAAAAUAAUAAAGUGCUGGGUAGUAGGCCACAAAAUUAACAUCACUACUACAACCUUUCCGUCUCUUCUCACGUUACAAUUGCUGUCAUUUGUAAUGUCUUUCCGGCACCCUUGUGCGUACAGGACGGAUAGUUACAAAUUCCUCUCGAAAAUAUUGUUUGUCAUUAUUGCCCUAUAAUUUACUUAAAACGCUCGCACAGAAUGUCCAGCAAGGAAUUGACGGGGAGUCAGUCGGCUCAGUACGUUGGGCCUUACCGAUUGGAGAAGACGCUGGGGAAAGGACAAACAGGGUUGGUGAAGUUGGGCAUUCACUGUAUCACAGGGCAGAAGGUAGCCGUCAAGAUAGUGAACAGGGAAAAGCUCUCAGAAUCUGUGCUGAUGAAGGUGGAGAGGGAGAUCGCCAUUCUGAAGCUCAUAGAGCACCCGCACGUUCUGAAACUGCACGACGUCUACGAGAAUAACAAGUAUCUGUACCUGGUUUUGGAGCACGUUUCUGGGGGUGAGCUGUUUGACUACCUGGUGAAGAAAGGAAGACUAACCCCUAAGGAGGCCAGGAAGUUCUUCAGACAGAUUAUCUCAGCGCUGGACUUCUGUCACAGUCACUCCAUCUGUCACAGGGACCUGAAGCCUGAGAAUCUCCUGCUGGACGAAAAGAACAACAUCCGCAUCGCGGACUUCGGCAUGGCCUCCCUACAAGUGGGAGACAGCCUGCUGGAGACCAGCUGUGGAUCUCCACACUAUGCAUGUCCGGAAGUUAUCCGGGGUGAGAAGUACGACGGCAGGAGGGCGGAUGUGUGGAGCUGCGGGGUCAUCCUCUUCGCCUUGCUGGUGGGGGCGCUGCCCUUUGACCACGAUAACCUGCGGCAGCUGCUGGAGAAGGUGAAGAGCGGGGUGUUCCACAUGCCCCACUUCAUCCCGCCCGACUGCCAGGCCCUGCUCAAGGGCAUGAUCGAGGUCAACCCCGACAAGCGGCUCACGCUAGAAGCAAUACAGAAGCACUCUUGGUAUUUGGGGGGCAGGAACGAGCCGUGCCCGGAGCAGCCCCCCCCUCGCAGGGUGUGUUUGAAGCGCAUCCUCUCGCUGACGGAGCUGGACCCGGACGUGCUGGAGAGCAUGCACUCCCUGGGCUGCUUCAGAGACCGAGUCAAGCUCACGCGGGACCUGCAGUGUGAAGAGGAAAAUCAGGAGAAGAUGAUCUACUAUCUUCUGCUGGAUCGGAAGGAGAGGUACCCCAGCUGUGAGGACGAGGACCUGCCCCCCCGAAACGACAUUGCCGACCCCCCCCGGAAGCGCGUGGACUCCCCCAUGCUGACCCGCCACGGCCGCUGCCGUCCCGAACGGAAGAGCCUGGAGGUCCUGAGCGUCACGGAGCAGGGCUCCCCGACACCCCCCCGCCGAGCCCUGGACACGGCUGCUCACAGCCAGAGAUCUCGCUCGGUCAGCGGGGCUUCCACUGGCCUCUCCUCCAGCCCCCUCAGCAGUCCCAGGAGUCCAGUUUUCACUUUCAGCCAAUCAGAAGUCACUUCUGCCACCACCACCCAGUCUAAGGACCCCAAACCAGGAAGUGCCACCACUCCCCGGGCCGCCCAACGCGCGCCUGAUCAAAAAACCCAAACUCUGCCUUCAAAAGGCCCCUCCGACCGCCCCCACCUUCAGUCCAUGAAGUCGCUCCCGCUCCAAACGCCCCGCUCCCCGUCCCCCUCCCCCUCCCCCCUGCUCUCCCCCAUCCCUCGCUUCUUCUUCUUCCCCGCACCGUCUGUUCUCAAGUCGGUCACCAAAACCAUCUAUCCUAACUCUGGGCAUCCUAACACUCUGUCACAGGUUACCCCCCAGGGCUCCCCUCUGCCCACACCCCUGGGCACGCCCGUCCACCACCCGCACCACCCCCAGCCUCCCCCCACCCCGCCCUCUUCCUCCUCCUCCUCCUCCUCUUCGCGGGCAGAGGGGGGAGGAGUCGGGGGCGGGUCCCUCUCCCUCACCCCGCCCUCCAGCCCCGGGGGCGGCGGCAUGGCGGGCAGCAGCUCCGCCCACUGGAGGACGCGCCUCAACUCCUUCAAGAACAACCUGCUGGGGUCGCCGCGGUUUCACCGGCGCAAGCUGCAGGUCCCAACCUCAGAAGACAUGUCCAGCCUGACACCAGAGUCCAGUCCAGAACUGGCAAAGAGGUCCUGGUUCGGGAACUUCAUCAGCCUGGAGAGGGAGGAGCAGGUCUUCGUGGUGAUCCGGGACAAACCGCUCAGCUCCAUCAAGGCCGACAUCGUCCACGCCUUCCUCUCCAUCCCCUCCCUCUGUCACAGUGUCAUCUCCCAGACCAGUUUCAGAGCAGAGUACAAAUCCUCUGGAGGCCCCUCUGUCUUCCAAAAGCCUGUCAAGUUCCAAGUGGACAUCGCCUUCUCCGAGGGAGGGAGGGAGCGAGAGAGAGAGAGAGCAGAGAGGGAGGGAAAAAGAGAAACGGGCAUCUACAGUGUGACUUUCACCCUCAUAUCGGGUCCCAGUCGCAGGUUCAAAAGAGUGGUGGAGACGAUCCAAGCCCAGCUGCUCAGCACUCACGAUCAGCCCUCUGUUCAAGCCCUCGCAGACGAGAAGAACGGUCAGCUCUGUCCUCGCGGCCCCAGCACCCCGACCCGGCAGAGCUCUCAGCACUCAGAGGGAGGGGGCGAGCGGGGCGAGCGGGGCGAGCGAGGGGACGGGGGGGCAGUAGGAGCCAGCGGGGGCGUCCUGCAGCGCAGGGGCUCGGGCAAAGACCGGAGCAGGCUCCUCUCGUCCAACGGAACGCAGUCCCAGCCGUGAGCCUGGGAGGCGCUGCGUCCGCCCCCCCCCCCGCCCCUCCCCCCGCCCAAAACUCAUCCAUCCCUCACCCAAACACGGCAAACAAUCUCACCCGUUCAUAAGGAACACCUGUGCGUCCCCCAAAGAAGAACCUGCUUCGCCCUCAGCGCAAGAUGGCGGCUUUUUUUCUUUUGUCGAUGCAAACACAGCGUUUGCUAUUCCUCUCCUGAAAGGAACCCAGACACAGAGAUGCAAAAGGAAACGGAAAGGUGUGACUUUUAUGGAUUUGCUCUACUCUUUAACAGUAGUAACUUCUGGAAGGUUCUGGAAUUAAUCAGAAAACAAUUAAAAUAUUAAGACUAACGCUUAUCCUCUGGGGAAGACACAAACUGUAGCGCUAAUAUUGUCCCAAAAUUAUCAGACAACCGGAUAUGGAGCAGAAUCCACUCUGUGAAAUGCAUGCUAAACAGUCUGUUAAUGCUAAUAAAAAUACGCCUGACCCAGGGAUGUUAUAAAAUAUAUAAUUUUUUUUGGGCUGUUUUACGAACUGGCAUCCCUCCUGGGUGAGUAGAGAUGACAUCUCUCGACAGGAGUAAUACUGGAUUAGUGUGACCGUCCACUGCUGCAACUUCAGAAGGAAAGGAGGAAGUGACCUCAUGACCCCGAAACCACCCCCCCACCCCCCCCAAUUGAAACAGGAAUAACCCACCAGGGAGAAGCGGCUAGACUCUGACGCAGAUUUCCCAACUGGCGGGGAAAGUCGAGCGGCUCCACCUGUCAGCACUUCCAAAUCUGUGGCAGCCGCUGAAGUACAGUGACUUCCGUGAAACCGCAAGUUUAAUCGAACGCAGUGAAGCACCAAACCAAUAGAAGUGCACAAGAAAGGUCACAUGACCUUCUGUUUCUGAACUGUAUUUGAGUGCAGUAAUUGCAUUAGGCACAACGUGAUUAAUGGUGGAACCCACUUAUGUGGUCAACAACUGAUAAUUUUGCACCUACCAAGUAAUAAACACCAAAAAGAGAAUUCUUAAAAUAAUCAGAUAGGCAAAGAGAGUCAUUCAUGAAAUUGUUCAGAUGCCUUUCUAACCAGAAAGUGAAAAUAAGAAGAAUGAGUUAAAGUCAGGUCAAGACACAAUUAAGCGCUGCAAAUAACAGUUUUAAGUUGAGCAUAAAUCUGACCAAACUCAGUUAACUAGUUCCAUCUGUUUAAAUGAAGAUUCAGCACACUCAGUCUCAAACAAUCUCAAUCAAUGAUGAUCUUCAAAAGUCUGCCGGCCCAACAGUACUGUAAGGGACCAAUCACGCUGGUGCAUCUCCCAGGAAGUUUCUGUUGUCCCACAGGGGGUGGAGUUUGGAAAUCUAGAGCCUGCUGAGACCCCCCAUAAAAUAAAGAGUCAAAGAAAAAGACUUUGACCCAGACCGGAGACUUACAAACAGAGAAAGGGAGAACAUUCCUGAAAAAGGGAAAAGGAAGUUACUAAAAUAAAUAAAUAAAAAAACGUAACUCAACUCUUUCUGCUCGAUACUCUUCACCGUGUGACUACAAACAAAAUGUUGACGAAGAAAAGAUGGAAAAAGCUAACCGAGUGAAUGUCUUAAGAACUAUUUCAAAUAUUUAUAUAUUUAAUUUAUAUUUAAUUUUAUUUAUUUUUAAGGAGGAACAGAGCAGAACAGAGUGGCAAGAGGGCAGAAAGGGAGAAGAGAUGGACGGACGGUCACCGGAAUGUGCAUCCUUUCACGGACAGCUGGGGUUAUUGGAAUGGGAAUCGUACGAUGACGGAAAUGUUGAAGCCAGACUGUCAUAAUAAAAUAAAAAAACGGCUGCCAGAAAUGCAAGGAAGCCAACUCUGCGCUGAAAUACGGGAGUUUAUUUUUUCUUACUUUUUAGAAAACAAAUGCAGCAAAAUCCUUCCGGCUAAGAGUCUUUAUUUUGUCUUUUUCCCCCCUUAGUUUUUCAUGGAGGAAAACGCUCGUGAAAAAUAAACCGUUUUAUCUAUGCUUGUGAAAUUCCGAAAUAAAAAUAAAAAAAUCUUCCAUGAAAUUUCAAACACUUGAAAAAAAUAGCAUUAGGAUGACCUGAGAACACAAAGAGACUAUGCUGUGCCUGUUCAUUUCGGUCUGUGAAAAUGUUGACGAGCACAGAGGACUACGGGACUAUGGACGUGAACUACGAAAGAUUCUCUGUGACCCGGUCCCUCAUACACGCAGUAUUCACACGUUGACUUCAUAUAAGGGGAGCUCAAUUGUUGGUUCUCUUCUUCAUGACACUGGACUCAAAACUGGAAUGCACUGUCCUAAAAAAAAAGAAAACUGUACACAAAUUAAAAGUAACUUCUCCUCCUUUUUUCGUCCGUUGGCUGUCCCUGACGCACCCCAAACAUCGACUCCUUGUCCACACUUUCCACACAGAGCACUUAGAACAAAGAAAGGCCUCAGUCUGCUUUCUCUUUGGCCGUUUAAAAAUUUGACCUAUCGCGCGCCACGAAUAUCCGAACGGAGCCAAUCCCAGCCCUAUUUCGACAUGACGUAACAAUGCUUCCCUCUGACCCACAAGGCCAUGCUACAACAUUAUGAAAGGCUUACAGUGGUGUACACUCACUAUAAGUUCUAGUAUCCUAGCAACCAUUUUAUACAACCGUCUUUAUUGAUGGAGUUUCAGUGAAGUACAGUAAUUCUGAGCCCACAAUUCCAUGGGGGGGAUUAACCCUAUAUGUCCUGAAAUGUAUUGUUUCUGUCAGUUCCUUGUGUUGCUGUAGGCAAGGUUUUCCCAAGCAGAUCUUUAUUUUGUGGUCUUAAACCCAACCCACGGUUUGCAUAAUGCUUUUCCAGGAUGUGGCAAAGAGUGAGCGUUAUACCCUAACCCGGGUUAGCUGCACGGUAUGGGACUGGCUAAUCAUUCUUAGCUUAUCAAUGUAGACGUUUCAGGUCAUGUUUAUUGGUUCAAUACAAUUAGUGUCUUCACAGCAAGGAACAUAAUACUGUACUUUAAAAGAAAAAUAACAAUAAUAUUUUGAAUAUCAUCAAAUAUUUCUUUCAAGUUCUGUUACUUCAUGCUACAAAAACAAAAACAAAAUGCACAAACAUUACAAUGCAGUUUUCAUUCAGGGAAAUGGAAAUUCAUAGGAAGAAAAGAAAAAUUAAGUUAAUGGAAUUUGCAUUGUAAUGUCUAUCAUUUAUAUUCAUACAGUUCAAUGCAUUCUGUUUAAAGUGUUUAUUUUGAAAACUUUGUUCAUACACACACGCACACUCUCUGUCUCUCUCUCGCUCUCUCUCUCUCUCUCUCUAUUGCAAAUUCAACUCCUGGGAAACAUAAAGAAGGCUAGGACAGAGGCAGUUUAAGAAACCUGAAUGACAGGUUGUGUGUGUGUGUGCGUUUACAUGAAUGCGUGAAGAAAAGCUGCAUUCUUUGCAUAGUUUGUAUGUCAAUUUGAACACCACUAUUUAAAAAAAUCAGCAUCCACUGUUCCCUUACUGUUGAUUCAAACCUCAGUGUGUCAUUCCAUCCCCCAUUGAAUAUACCUCAGUCCACCCCUUCCCUCACCUAACAUUGCUCAGCUCCCCAUUGUAUACGGUUAUCAUAAAUCAUGUCUUGAUUCUUCAACUUCAUUGUAUUCACUUUAUGAUUAUCAUCGUUGAUUAUUCCAGUUAAUGUGUAAACUGUAUUCUUCCCGUCCCCCAACGCACAGUAGAUCAGUUUAUUUCUUAGUAAAGUUUUUACAUUUUUUUUUUGGGGGGGGAAUAAAACAAAUAAUACUGAUGAAAAAAAUUGUGUAUUAUAAUAAAAAAUGAAAGUGCACUAUUAUUACUAUUAUUGCCUGUGAUAAAGAAAUAAAUAAUGACAGCUGGUCAAAAAAAAAAAAACGAUCACAUUAUUAUGAUUAUAAUAAUAAACUUUGAAAAUGG